AGCUCAUUUAAGCUCUUGCAUCGGAAGACAGCAGUCUGAAACACAACAAUGCAUCCUACUAUGAUCCUUGUGGGUGUCUUGUUUGGCUUGCUGACCCCGGCGUGCACUCUACCCAUUAAGAACUCUACUGGAGUGCAUGAGGGAAAAGUGAGGCUGAAAAGGAAAUACUCAGAUGAAAUUGCAGACUAUGAUGAUUAUAAUGCAAUGGAUCGGAUCCUGGAAGUCAAUAGCAUGUUGCGAGCCCCCCGAGGACUGUCGUUCAGAGAUGGAGAUAUUGCCAGCUCAUAUCUACGGAGUGCCAUAACCUGCCCAGGCAAUGCCUGUCUGUGGCCUAAAUCAGUAGAUGGAUUUGUUUAUGUUCCCUUCAUGCUCUCUCCUCUAUAUGACGACAUGGACAGAAUCACCAUAGAAACUGGGAUGCAAGACAUUGCCUCUGGGACAUGUGUUCAAUUUGUUCCACGCACUCAUGAAGUCAGCUUCCUUGAUAUUCAGCCCAGAUAUGGCUGUUGGUCGUUCCUGGGGCAGACUGGAGGAAGCCAGACCCUGUCGCUGCAGACUCCUGGGUGCAUGUGGUCAGGAGUGGCUGCCCACGAGUUCAUGCACGCUCUGGGCUUUGUGCACGAGCAGUCUCGCUCAGACCGAGACCACUAUGUCUCAAUUGUGUGGAAAAACAUCAUGCCAGACCACAUUCAUAACUUCAGGAAACAGGUGACCAACAAUCUCAAUAGUCCGUAUGACUACAACUCUGUCAUGCAUUAUGGAAGAUAUGCCUUCUCUGAAGAGGGUGGACCAACAAUAAUCCCCAGACCAGAUCCUUACAUUCCCAUUGGCCAGCGAGAUGGACCCAGUAAUCUAGAUCUUCAUAAAAUAAACGUCCUAUAUAACUGUGGUGUCAAUGAGUAACUGGAUCCAGAGUGUUAUAUUCUGUGUGAAGUGGUUAAUUGUUACUUCUGGUCUUGAGUAGAUCAUAUGGGCAACAUUACUUUAUAGCAAUUUCAUCUUUCUACAUUUGAAUUAUUAUCACAAAUUCUAGUCUGUACUUUUAGAUUGUGUUCAGUCAGUUCUGCUAAUCUGGGAUAAAGAUGAGGUGGAGUAAAGGGGCAGGUCAGAAUUGAAAGCUGCUUUUCUUUAACAUAGCUAAAAUAACAGCACUGUGAUAAGUGUUUGCGUGCCUGCUGCUGCCAAUUAGAUCACUGCAUCCCAUCACUGAAUCAGUUUGUUCCAUUUUCUGUCUCCUUCUCAGCUUCUGUUUACUUUAAAUAAAGAAAAUGCAACAGUAA